AUGAAGUCUGCACUGUAUUUGUGUUUGCUUCUUGUUGUACUCCAAGUCCAGGCUCUUCCUAAACUCAACCACAGCAACAAACAUAAACAUGAGAGAGAGCAGCCUCAUUCCCUAGGAGACCAUUCCCAUGUGGAACAUGAAAACUCAGCUCACAUGAAGAUAACCCCCAGCAACGCUGAAUUUGCAUUUAGGUUUUACAAGCAGGUCACAGAAGAGGGAGGUAACAAGAACAUUUUCUUCUCUCCCUUGAGCCUUUCUACUGCCUUUGCAAUGCUCUCCCUGGGGGCCAGAUCAAACACACUCAGCCAGCUGCACAAAUGCCUCACCUUCAACCUGACUGAGAUGGAAGAGCAGGAGAUCCAUGAGGGCUUCCAGCAUCUCCUCCAGCUGCUGAAUGACCCUCACCGGAAGAUUCAAUUGAACAUGGGCAAUACUCUGUUCAUAGAUGAGAGACUGGAACUGCAACAAAAAUUUUUGGAUGAUGUCACAAAUUUUUAUUAUUCAGAAGCUGUUUCUAUGGAUUUCCAAAAUUCUGAACAUGCUAGAGAGGAAAUCAAUAACUAUAUAAAAGAAAAGACCCAUGGUAAAUUUGUAGACUUACUGGAUAGUCUUGAUGAAGAUGUUAUGAUGAUUCUGACUAACUACGUUUACUUUAAAGGUUACUGGGAAGAACCUUUUGAAAGUUACGACACCAGAGACGAUGACUUCUUUGUGGAUGCCAAGCAUUCUGUUAAGGUUAAAAUGAUGUAUAAAAGUACAUACUAUAAUAUCCAUAGGGAUGAGAAGCUGUCUUGCUGGAUAGUAGAAAUGCCAUACACAGGAAAUGCUGCUGCCCUUUUUGUUCUGCCUGAUGAAGGAAGUAUGAACCAGGUAGAAGAUGCUCUGCUACAGGAUACAGUGUCUAAUUGGAGGCAAUCACUUGAAGGAAGAAGUGUCGACCUGUAUCUUCCAAAAUUGUCCAUCUCUGGUUCCUAUGAUGUCAAGAGAUUGUUUUUGAAAAUGGGUGUGACAGACAUGUUCAGUAACGAUGCUGAUUUCUCUGGAGCUGCAAAAAAUACCCUCCUGAAAGUUUCCAGGGCAAUUCACAAGGCCAAGUUGAAUAUUAAUGAGAAUGGCACAGAGGCUGCUGCAGUGACCAUGGUAGAAAUGAAAACUUUCUCUGCAAUGUUUAGUCCUCUUGAAAUCAAAUUCAACAGACCCUUUGUGAUGAUGAUUUUUGACAAAGCCACCAACAGUAUCCUCUUCAUGGGGAAAGUUGUGAACCCAGCUGCCACAGAAGACUAG